AGCGAUCCGACGGCCAGACGGUGUAAGGAUAUCAAGUUUGCUUUCGACCGUAUUUUCACACCGGAAUCAUCGAACGAGGAGGUGUUCGACAACACUACCAAGCCUAUCCUGGACAAAUUCCUUGGUGGCUUCAAUUGUUCAGUCUUCGCCUACGGCUCUACCGGCUCCGGUAAAACACAUACCAUGUUGGGCAAAACCGGCAACUUAGGCAUCAUGCAGCUGACGGUGGGGGAACUGUUCGAUCGACUGAACGCGCUUCACGAAGAUUACAUAUGCGACUUGAACAUUUGUUAUUUUGAAGUAUACAACGAGACUGUUCGUGACCUGCUCAAGCCAGAGAAUGGUGUGCUGUCCAUUCGUGAAAACGGCCUAAGUGGUGUGCUGAUCAAUAAUCUCUCUUUUCACGAGGUAAAUUUGAUGACGACCGAAGUUGCCCAAUUGUUAAAUUUUGGCAAUCAGAAUCGUACCCAACAUCCGACCGACGCCAACAAAGAGUCCUCGCGAUCUCAUGCUAUUUAUCUGAAACAACGGCCCAAAACGGCGAACACCACCACUGAGGUGGUUUCUUCUAAGUUGUCACUGAUUGACCUGGCUGGUUCCGAGAGAGCGACGGCAACAAAAAAUUGUGGUGAACGUUUUCGCGAAGGCGCCAAUAUCAACAAAUCCCUUUUAGCCCUUGGAAAUUGUAUAAAUGCCCUCGCCUGCGGAAGGAAAGGUGCUCACAUUCCAUACCGGGACAGCAAACUGACCCGAAUCCUCAAAGAUUCGCUUGGUGGCAGUUGUUUCACGGUGAUGAUCGCCAACGUUAGGUAUUGUUCUUUCCAUUAUGAAGAUACGUUUAACACCUUAAAGUACGCUGAUCGGGCAAAGCAGAUCAAAACCGAUGCCAGAAAAAAUACUUUCCGAUUCGAUGAGCAUGUCCAUCGAUACGCGGCGAUCAUCGACGAGCUGCGUCAGGAAGUAAAUAAUACCGUGUCACCAUAA